AUGCUCUGUAUUCUUUGCAAGUCCCUGAUCUCGAAAUGCCUCUUCCAUACCGCACAAGGCAAGCCACAGUGGCUUGACUUCCGACACGAAGGACGCACCGAGCGGGGACUUCGUGCGAGGCUGGGCUGCGACCUUUGCAGCCUCUCGAUUCAGCUCGAGCCUGAAGAGGUCGGAGAUAGUAGCACCUCGGCUGAAGGGGCUCCUUUCCCGGCAUCCUUCUGGUGGUGCGGAACCAGAUACGAGAUCUUCGAACCCGAGAGACUGACCAAAGCGGAGGAUUACGACGGAAUCCAGGGGGCGCGAGACGAGUAUAGCCUCACAGAGUUCCGACAGGCGCAGAGAGAUGUUCCAACGCGCACCGAUGACCCUUCCAGCCUUGAACUGGUGAAAGACUGGUUAGAAGUAUGUACGACUAGGCAUACGCAAUGUCGCAGAAUCGCAACGACCAAGCUUCCGACCCGAGUGAUUUAUGUGGGUGAAGUACCGGGUCUAGAUGAUGUUUACCUGGUCGAGAGCAAAGGAAGAGCUGGGACGUACGUUGCUCUCAGCCACCGCUGGGGAGACGAGCAGCCUCUGACAACGACUUCUAACAACUUCCACAAACAUUUGGAGGGAAUUCCACUGGCUUCCCUGCCAAGCACGUUUCGAGACGCUGUGGCGACGCUCAGAGCAGUCGGCAUCCGGUACCUUUGGAUCGACUCGCUUUGCAUCCUUCAAGACUCAAUUCAGGACUGGGCGAACGAGGCAACAAAGAUGGCCGAUGUGUACUCCAACGCAUUGUUCACAAUUUCUGCCUCGAGUGCCAACUCGGCUAGAGAAGGUCUCUUCCGAACAAGAGCUGUCACUCCGACUGUAAAGUUUGACUGGAGGUUUCUAGACGGUAGCCGUCCACCCACGACUCUCGGUCUGCGGCCAAGCCUGCCGUCCUUCGACGAGGAAAUGAAAGCUUCGCCACUCGCACCCCGUGGCUGGAUCUAUCAGGAACGCAUUCUGUCCUCCGCCAUCCUCCAUUUCGGCCGAGAAAGCCUCUUCUGGGAAUGCAAGACGGCGGUUCUGUCCCAGCCGAUUCCAAUCCUCCCAGAGGCCCCCCCAGCCAUCUCACGGCAUUUCGGUGACCUAGGCUUCAUGUCUCAAGAUCUCACCCGCCAAUUUUGGAGAUCAUUCGCCCAGUUCACAGCCGAGGAGCGCAGCUGGCAGAACGGGCCGUGCGGCUGGAAAGACAUCAUCAAAGUGUUUUCGAGAAAGACGUUUACGAAGCCGGAGGACAGGUAUGCGGCGAUCUUGGGCGUGGCAAGUAAGUUUGGGGGGCUGACGAGUUCGAAUUUUCGUUCGGGCCUAUGGAUGAGUGACAUCCUCCUGGAGCUGGCGUGGGUGUUUGAUAACAUGGCAGGUGGUGGUAUGAAUAUGUGCAAAGCUCAGGGGCAGAUUAGAUCCCCGUCAUGGAGCUGGAUCUCGGUGGACUAUCCAGUCACCUGGCUGUACGACGUCGAGGAAAGAAAUAACAAUGUCCAAGGCGACACGUCCGCGGCGGCUCUGAAUGACGGCGACGGGCGUGAUACGACUCGCGCUGAAGACCUGGUGAAUUAUUGUCAGCAGAGCACAACGCAGUUCACGCUCAGACUGCGCGAACUCAUGGUGCAACCAACAAACUUCGAAGGCAUUGAGAAAGGAGAUGGACGCAACCUAGUCACGAUGCAGAACAGAAGGGACUGGCAGGUGCACGAGCUUCUGGGUGUGCUUGACCCGGGCCGCACGCUACCGAAAAAGAUUCAUCUCCUGCGCCUGUGCCACAACCAAUGCAUGAUCCUCGGCGAGGCUGCGAUAUUCCUGCUUGUGAAGCGUGUUGGUAUGCCAAACCCGGAGUGCUACGGCGACCUGGGAACUUUCAAGCGGAUCGGCAUCGGGACCGCGACGUUUGAGGCGAUGCAAGACUUUUUCAUGUUUGGAAAGGAAGGAAUACUGUCCCUGGUUUGA